AUGGCACGUCUGUUGGAUCUUCCAGAUGAACUGAUUCUAGUCAUCGUGGACUACCUACAAAUGGACACGAAGCAUGUAGAACUGUCAUUCUAUGAGCUUGGAGAUGCCUACCGCUACGCGAUCAAGCAGAAUCAACCACCGAGAGUUAAAUAUCUUCAUUCUUUCCUACUCGCCUGCCAUCGCCUGAAUAGUCUUCUACAGCCGAUAUUUUAUCAUGACAUAUUUGUUCGCGAAUACUGUCACGUGGGCGAGAAGGUUCCGGUGCAGCAGCUGAAGUGGAGCCUUGAGAAGAACCCAAGUCUCGAACAACACAUCUUUUCGGCGAUCACUCCAUGCGGGGGCUCCUGGGGUGACCGCUCUAUUCGUGAUAUCUUUCAAUCCUUUUGGUUCUCCAACAUCCAGACCCUUACUAUUCACGAGUUUAAGGAUUGGGAGCCCAUGCAAUUUGAAAACAACUCACAUAUUGGCACUUCACCCGUGGAAUGUCUAAGGCUGAUUAGUUGUGGGGCGCAUGAGGCGGCUUUGGCCGCUGUGCUAAGCUGGCCAGCAGCUUUGAAAAUACUUCACUACGAUGCUGAACAAGGCGAGUGGGAGGGCCAUUAUGGAAAUGAGCCAGCCAAAAGUUGGACAUGUGCUGCUUUUGUGCGUGCACUGCGAUCACAAAGGAAAACGUUGGCAGAACUUACAAUGACACGGCCGUGGCUUGACCAUGAAGGACUGGGCAAUGGACCUCGCAUUGAUCUGAGCGAGUUCACGUCCCUUAAAACCUUACGCAUUUACCACGUCUUUCUCUGCGGGUGGGAUGACCCGUACGGGAUUUGGAAAGGUUUACCUCAGAGUCUGGAGGUGCUGGAGGUAUUUUACGACGAUAUUGAACUGACUCAAUUUUUGUGCGAGGGCAACGAUGAGCGAUACGAUACUUUUGUUCUUGAUUUGAUUAGACAUAAGAGGUCGCAUCUCCCAUAUUUACGCACGGUGACCAUCUUCUCGUUUGAGGGAGGCUAUGACCCUGAAACAGAGGAGUAUCUGCCCGCUGGACUCUGGACGCUGCCCUCUUCACUCGCGCGUGAAGCUGAAUCCGCUGGCGUAACGCUGAACGUGUGGCUGGGACACGCAGAUGCUCCAAAUUUCGAGCAAACCGACGUUUUCGAGUCACUGAAAAUCAGUCAGACCGACCAGUCUAUCCAACUCAAGCAAAGAGUGGCAGCUAGGCGGAGCCACGUAUCACCACGCAAUCUCUCCCAGGAACUCCAAGCAGGGAGGGCCAAGGCAUAUGGACCCUACACCAAGUUGGAAUUUUAA